AUGACUGUAUCCAAUGGCCUCCGCAUUGCCGUCGGCGGCGAUGACGCCGGCUUCAACUACAAGUCCAUCACUUCCAAGGACCUCGAAGCCGACCCGCGCGUAAGCGCCGUUGUGGACUUCGGGCCCAACUCAGAAACCGACAAGACGGCAUACGCGCACUUUGCUCUCGCGGCAGCCGAGGCCGUCGCGAGCGGCAAGGUCGACCGGGCAGUCCUCAUCUGCGGCACGGGACUCGGCGUCGCCAUCUCCGCCAAUAAGGUCCCUGGUGUGCGUGCCGUGACGGCGCACGACAGCUUUUCCGUGGAGAGAGCGGUCAUGAGCAACAAUGCCCAAGUGCUGUGUCUUGGCCAGCGCGUUAUUGGCAUUGAGCUUGCGAGGCGCUUGGUGGGUGAGUGGUUGGGAUAUCAGUUCGACCCUAACUCUGCCUCGGCGGCAAAAGUAAAAGUAAUUGACGACUAUGACCUGAAGCAGUCCAGCGGUCUUAAGGGGGUCAGCUUUGGAGGAAAUGGAAUCGCUCAGCAAGUUUAG